GGUUUUACACUUACCCAGAAAAUAUGGUUCGCGCAUGGUACAUGGACGACAGUAAUAUUGAUCAAAGAUUGGAACAUCGCAAGGAAUCAUCGGAACUUUUGUCAAUGGCGGAUUUAUAUGCAAUUAGUGGUGUCGAAUAUUUUAAGAUAAAUCACGAGCAUUACUUAAGUGAUCCAACACUAACAGAAUUGAAAAAAAAGCGUGGAUAUACUUAUGAAGAUGAAAUAACAUGCUCCAAAGAAUGUUUAGCUAAUUACGAAGAAAAGUUAAAGAAUUUUUUUACUGAACAUCUUCAUAACGAAGAAGAAAUACGUUUGGUUCUGGAUGGAUCUGGUUAUUUUGAUGUGAGAGAUAAAGAUGAUCAAUGGAUUCGUAUUGAAGUCAAGCCAGGAGAUAUGAUUAUUAUUCCCAGUGGUAUAUAUCAUAGAUUUACUUUAGAUACUAAAGAUUAUAUACAAGCUAAAAGAUAUUUUAUAGGAAAACCUGUAUGGACACCUUAUAAUAGACCAGCUGAUAAUAUGAGUUGUCGUCAACAGUAUCUUGAACAAUUAAAAAACGGUUUCAAACCCAAAUAAAAAAUUCAUAACAUUAUAAUAUGCAAGUUAAUCAUGCAUUCCAAAAAAACAGAUUUGCUAAUAAUUUUUAAUUUUUUCAUAUUUUAAUUGUCUGAAAUAAAAAUUUU